CGGUGUGGUCCCAGGGAUCCGACAGCGGGUGGGUCGGAACCAUGGGGGAGCCCUGGGCAGCUCGGGGCGCAGAAGGAUCGCCCGCGCGGCUGCCACUGGUGCUCACCGCUCUGUGGGCGGCCGCCGUGGUCCUGGAGCUGGCCUAUGUGAUGGUGCUGGGACCCGGGCCGCCCCCGCUGGGACCCCUGGCCCGGGCCUUGCAACUGGCACUGGCUGCUUAUCAGCUGCUUAACCUGGGGGGCAACGUGGGGCUCUUCCUGCGCUCGGAUCCCAGCAUUCGAGGAGUGAUGCUGGCUGGCCGCGGCCUGGGCCAGGGCUGGGCUUACUGUUACCAGUGCCAAAGCCAGGUGCCGCCACGCAGUGGGCAUUGCUCUGCCUGCCGUGUGUGUAUCCUACGUCGAGACCACCACUGCCGCCUCCUGGGCCGCUGUGUGGGCUUCCAUAACUACCGGCCCUUCCUGUGUCUGCUGCUUCAUGCUGCUGGCGUCCUGCUCCACAUCUCAGUGCUGCUAAGCCCUGCCCUGUCAGCCCUGCUGCGGGCCCACUCGGCCCUCUACACGGUGGCUCUCCUGCUGUUGCCUUGGUUCAUGCUUCUCGCAGGCAAAGUGUCUCUGGCCCAGUUCUUCUUAGCCUUCGUGGUGGACACGUGUGUGGCAGGUGCAUUGCUGUGUGGUGCUGGCCUGCUUUUCCAUGGGAUGCUGCUGCUUCGGGGCCAGACCACCUGGGAGUGGGCUCGGGGUCACCACUCCUAUGACCUGGGCACCUGCCACAACCUGCAGGCAGCUCUGGGGCCACGCUGGGCCCUAGUCUGGUUCUGGCCUUUCCUUGCCUCUCCUUUGCCUGGAGAUGGGAUCUCUUUCCAGACUCCAGCUGAUGUGGGUCUUGUGGCUUCCUGAGUCCAGGUAGAGCCAGAAUUGAAAAUGGCAGAAGGGAGCAGAGGUGGAAACUGAGAAUGUUUGUUCAGUUCCAUGCCAGUCACGGGAAGGAGGCCAGGUUGGCCCUUCGUGCCUGUAGUGGGCAGCUCUAUCUCCUUCCUUGGACCUUCCCAGCAUUGGCUCUUCUGUCUCUAGGGUUGGCCCCUUUUGGCAGAGGAGAGUCUGGCAAGGGGGCUCCUUGGCCUGUCUGCCCCUCUACCAAGCUGGUAUCGUGCCCACCUGGCUCUUGGCCUCCCUCAUCUUUGCUGGGUUCCUAUCCCUCCCUUUGUUGUUUUGGUUGCUAUUUUAAGUUCUCAUGAUUGUCAGGCCUGGAGACUAUGAAAGCUUGAGAUCCCAAUGGCGAAGAUUCUGCCUCCUCCGUCCCUGGCAGGGUGUGGUGGGAUGCGGGCAAGGAGAAUCCAAGUGUGUUCUAGAGAGUAGCACUCCACACAAAUAUGUCAGCAGCAGGAGUCUCAGGAAGCUCUUGUAGCUCACCUGUAUGUGGGGCCACAGUUAGGAUCUUUGUUCUGUAAGGAACAAAAGCCCUGCUAGACCACAUGACAAGAUUGUGGGAUAGAAAGGUAGCCCUCACUGGCCUCAAACUCAAGGAAAUCCACCUGCUUCUCUUUUCUGAGUGCUGGGGUUAAAGGCAUUCCACAGGACACCUGGCCUAAGAGGUUAGCUAUGAACCCAGGUCUUGAAUCCACUUUACUUUGGCACAGCUGAAGUGAGUAGGAGAAACAUUAGUGCAAAAAUAACCAGCUUCCAGGUGUUCC